AUGAAGCUCCCUUAUAUCGCCGACCCUCCUCCUACUUCCACUGAGGAAGAACAAGCCAUCGUGGACCGUGUCCGGGCUCGUCGCCAUCCCCGACCCCUCCAGGCCCUCGAUUUGACCCUGCUGCAUUCACCUCCCGUUGCCGACGGCUGGAACUCGUUUCUAGGAGCAAUCCGAACCAAGACAAGCCUUCCAGAUGACAUCCGCGAGAUUGCAAUUUGCCGUGUUGCAGUAUGCAAUCAAGCGUGGUAUGAGUGGGCGCAUCAUGCCCCAUUGGCCGUCGAUGGUGGCGUGAGCGAAGCCGCCCUCGAUGUUCUGAAGCUUGACAAGCUCGAUAAUAGACAACCUUCUGAGCUAUUGAAUGAGAAGCAGUGGGCAACCCUGGUCUAUGCGGAUGAGAUGACCAGAAAUGUGCAAGUUGCAGAGGACAUCUUUGGUCAACUAAAGAAGCUGUUUACUGACAGAGAGGUCGUCGAGAUCACUGCUACUGUUGCGGCCUAUAACUGCGUGAGCCGCUUUUUGGUUGCUCUUGAUGUCGGAGAAAAGAAUGGCACAGGCCCCGAAAACCUCUCAGUAUACUGA